UGGCGCCGAGCGCGCAGCUGGUGAUGUCACAGGGGUCGUGCCCAGUGACGCCAUCUGCGGCGCGCCGGCAGUGAGGAGUGGCGCCCGUGUUUCCCUCACGCGGCGGCGGCGGAGGCGGGGGAGGCGGCGGCGGCGACAUGGCGGAACCCGUGGCGGGAGUGGGCCGCUUCAAGGCCAACUAUGCCAUCGAACGCAAGAUCGAGCCGUUCUACAAGGGCGGGAAGGUGCAGCUGGACCAGACUGGGCAGCAUCUCUUCUGCAUUUGCGGUACCAGAGUCAACAUCUUGGAUGUGGCCUCGGGGGCCGUCCUGCGGAGCCUGGAGCAGGAGGACCAGGAGGACAUCACUGCCUUUGAUCUCAGCCCUGACAAUGAGGUGCUGGUCACAGCCAGCCGGGCACUGCUGCUGGCUCAGUGGGCCUGGCGAGAGGGCAGCAUCACCCGCCUGUGGAAGGCAGUACACACAGCCCCGGUGGCCACCAUGGCCUUUGACCCCACUUCCACACUGCUAGCUACAGGCGGUUGUGAUGGGGCAGUGCGUGUCUGGGACGUUGUGCGGCACUACGGGACACACCACUUUCGGGGCUCACCAGGGGUCGUACACUUAGUGGCCUUCCACCCGGACCCCGCACGCCUGCUGCUCUUCUCCUCAGCUGCAGACACCACCAUCCGCGCAUGGUCGCUGCAGGACCAGUCGUGUCUAGCCGUGAUGACUGCCCACUACAGUGCCGUCACCUCCCUAACCUUUAGCGCUGAUGGCCACACCAUGCUGAGCUCAGGCCGUGACAAGAUCUGUGUUGUGUGGGACCUGCGGAGCCACCAGGCCACGAGGACUGUGCCAGUGUUUGAGAGCGUGGAGGCUGCGGUGCUGCUACCGGAGGAGCCGGCACCAGAGCUGGGUGUAAAGUCCAAGGGCCUGCACUUCCUGACAGCCGGAGACCAAGGCCUGCUGCGUGUGUGGGAGGCAGCCUCUGGGCAGUGUGUGUACAUGCAACAGCAGCCACCAGGCCCCCGGCAGGAGCUGACCCGCUGCUCUCUGGCCCGCUCUGCCAACCUGCUCCUCACCGUCACCGCCGACCACAACCUGCUGCUCUACGAGACGCGCUCCCUACAGUUGCAGAAACAGUUUGCCGGCUACAGCGAGGAGGUGCUGGAUGUCCGGUUUCUUGGGCCCGAGGACUCCCACAUUGUCGUGGCCUCCAACAGCCCCAGCCUGAAAGUGUUUGAGCUGCAGACAAUGGCCUGCCAGAUUCUCCACGGCCACACAGACAUUGUCUUGGCUCUGGACGUGUUUCGGAAAGGGCGGCUCUUUGCCAGCUGUGCCAAGGAUCAGAGUAUGUGUCUCUGGAGGAUGAACAAGGCUGGCAAGGUGACCCGUGUGGCUCAGGGCUCCGGGCACACACACAGCGUGGGCGCCAUCUGCUGCUCCAGGCUGAAGGAGACCUUCCUGGUGACGGGGAGCCAGGACUGCACUGUGAAGGUGUGGCCCAUCCCUGAACCCCUGCUGUCCAAGGGUGCAGCCCCAGACGGCGGUCCUGUCCUUCUCCAGGCCCAGGCCACACAGCGCUGCCAUGACAAGGACAUCAACAGCGUGGCUAUUGCCCCCAACGACAAGUUGCUGGCCACAGGCUCACAGGACCGCACAGCCAAGCUCUGGGCUUUGCCACAGUGCCAGCUGCUUGGCAUCUUCUCAGGCCACCGGCGCGGCCUCUGGUGUGUCCAGUUCUCACCCAUGGACCAGGUGCUGGCCACAGCCUCAGCUGACGGUACCGUCAAGCUCUGGGCACUGCAGGACUUCAGCUGCCUCAAGACAUUCGAGGGGCAUGACGCUUCAGUGCUGAAGGUGGCCUUCGUGAGCCGUGGCACCCAGCUGCUGUCCAGUGGCUCAGACGGUCUCCUGAAGCUCUGGACCAUCAAAAACAACGAGUGUGUGAAGACCCUGGAUGCCCAUGAGGAUAAGGUCUGGGGGCUGCACUGCAGCCGGCUGGACGAUCGCGCCCUCACCGGCGCUAGUGACUCCUGUGUCAUCCUCUGGAAGGAUGUGACCGAGGUGGAGCAGGCCGAGGAGCAAGCCCGGCGGGAGGAGGAGGUGGUCAAGCAGCAGGAACUAGACAACCUGCUCCAUGAGAAGCGGUACCUGCGGGCACUGGGCCUGGCCAUCUCCCUGGACCGGCCCCACACUGUGCUCACUGUCAUCCAAGCCAUCCGGAGGGACCCCGAGGCCUGCGAGAAGUUGGGAGCCACGGUGCUGCGGCUGCGGCGAGAUCAGAAAGAGGCCUUGCUGCGCUUCUGUGUCACAUGGAACACCAACUCGAGGCACUGCCACGACGCGCAGGCCGUGCUGGGAGUGCUGCUGCGGCACGAGCCCCCGGAAGAGCUCCUGGCCUACCCAGGCGUGCAGGCCUCCCUGGAGGCCCUGCUGCCCUACACCGAGCGGCAUUUUCAGCGGCUCAGCCGGACGCUGCAGGCAGCCACCUUCCUGGACUUCUUGUGGCACAACAUGAAGCUGCCCACCCUCCCCGCGGCCCCCUCUGUGGCUCCCUCAGCUCUCUGAAACAAGCAGAAAGCAGUUCUA